GGGAUGGGUCUUGCCACACACAGUACGUUAGGUUUUGACGGCGAAUAGGGAAUCGCUCACUGUGUUAUUGAUGGUUUUUUUUUUCGACAUUUCCAUGGUAACUGUCCAAAAUUUGAUCAGCAGGCAGCAGCGAGAACACCCAAGUAUUCAACCAUGGAGCUAAACGAGAAGAACCCGACUCCGGACUCGAAAUAUGGUGAAGCACGGAAGUUUGACCCUACCUUCAAAGGACCCAUCCACAACAGGGGCUGCACAGAUGUGUUCUGCUGUAUUCUCUUCAUCUUGGCCAUACUGGGAUACUUUGCUGUGGGGAUCCUGGCCUGGUCUCAGGGGGACCCCAGGAAGGUUAUCUACCCGACUGACAGCAGAGGACAGUUCUGUGGCCAGGCCGGGACCCCCCUGGAGAAGAAACCUCUCCUGUUCUACUUCAACAUCCUGAAGUGUGCCAGUCCCCUGACCCUGCUGGAGUUCCAGUGCCCCACCACUCAGUUAUGUGUGGAAAGCUGUCCUACCAAACACAUGACGUUGCUGAAAGCCUACCUGAACAAAGGAGAGCAGGAGUACUACAAGCAGUUCUGCAAGGAAGGAGUGGACUUCUCCAAAAUGAGUGCUCCCGAGAUCCUGAGGGAUGGCCUGUGUCCUUCCAUGCUCAUGUCCAGCAAACCAUUCACUCGUCGGUGCCUUCCAGCUCUCAGUACCAUGAAAGGUGGUGUGGUUGUCGUUGGCAACGAGACUAUUUUUGACAACGGGGAGGGAGAGAAGGUGAACGCCACUGAUUUUCUGGACGCUUCAAAGAAGUCCAAUGUGGUUGUUGAGGCUCGCCAGGUAGCCAUGAGGAUCUUUGAGGACUACACUGUGUCCUGGUACUGGAUACUGAUUGGUCUGGUGAUAGCCAUGGUGGUCAGUCUCAUCUUCAUCGUCCUCCUGCGCUACCUGGCCGGGAUCAUGAUCUGGGUCAUGAUCGUCAUGGUGAUACUGGUCAUCGGAUAUGGGAUCUUCCAUUGUGCCAUGGAGUACCGCAGCCUGAAGGGAGAGCCGGGUUCUGACGUCACUAUCCGUGAUCUGGGACUGCAGACAGACUUCUCUGUUUACCUGCAGAUCAGACAGACCUGGCUGGCUUUCAUGAUCAUCCUGUCCAUCGUGGAGGUGGUUGUCAUCCUGCUGCUCAUCUUCCUCAGGAAGAGAGUCCUCAUCGCCAUCGCCCUCAUCAAGGAGGCCAGCAGGGCUGUUGGCCAUGUGAUGUCAUCACUGUUCUACCCUCUGUUGACCUUUGCCCUGCUGGCCCUGGUCAUAGCCUACUGGGCCAUCACCGCUGUCUUCCUGUCCACCUCCAAUGAGCAGGUGUACAAAGUGUUCAACACCACUGAGUGUAAUUACUCCAGAGACACCUGCAAUCCCGAGACGUUCAACACCACCAACAUCACAGCCCGGUGCCCGGACGCCGAGUGCCUGUUUGCCUUCUACGGAGGCGAGACCUACUACCAUAAAUACCUCAUCCUGUUCCAGUUCUACAACGUGUUCCUCUUCUUCUGGUGUGCUAACUUUGUGACGGCGCUGGGUCAGGUGACCCUGGCUGGGGCCUUCGCAUCCUACUACUGGGCUUUCAAGAAGCCCGACGACAUCCCAGCCAACCCCAUCUGCUCCUCACUUGGUCGAGCCCUCAGAUACCAUACAGGCUCCCUUGCCUUCGGUUCCCUCAUCCUGUCUCUGGUUCAGGUCAUCAGGGUUCUACUGGAGUACCUGGACCAGAAGCUGAAAGCUGCCCAGAAUCGCUUUGCCAAGUUCCUGCUCAGCUGCCUGAAGUGCUGCUUCUGGUGCCUGGAGAAAUUCAUCAAGUUCCUCAACAGAAAUGCCUACAUUAUGGUGGCAAUAUAUGGUAAAAGCUUCUGUACCUCAGCCAGAGAUGCCUUCUUCCUCCUCAUGAGAAAUAUAAUCAGGGUGGCUGUCUUGGACAAGGUGACUGACUUCCUAUUGUUUUUGGGGAAGCUCCUCAUCGUUGGAAUUGUGGGAAUCUGUUCUUUCUUCUUCUUCUCUGGGAGGAUUAAGGCUGUGGAGCAGACUGCCCCCUCUCUCAACUACUACUGGGUUCCCAUUCUGACGGUGGUGGUGGGAUCCUACCUGAUUGCCCAUGGAUUCUUCAGUGUGUACGCUAUGUGUGUGGACACACUCUUCCUCUGCUUCUGCGAAGACCUGGAGAGAAACGACGGCUCUCCAGAAAGGCCGUACUUCAUGUCUCCGGAGCUUCACGAGAUUCUCUCCAAAACCAAAAUGGCGGAGGAAGAGGACAACAAAGAUGGUACGGAACAGCCAGACGCUGACCCAAGUGAACCUACACUGAUGGACGAAGUUCGCCUGGAGGAGGAAGUACCGCUGAAAGAACAAGAUGGAGAGAUACAACUGAAACGCCAAGAUGUGUUCAUGCAGGCCAACGAAGAGGAGCAACCUCUGAAGGAGAAGAGCGAAGAGGCGGAAGUGGAAGAAACACAAGAGGAGAAAUCUGAAGUGAAGGAGGAGGAGGAAGAGAAGGGACCAGAAAAGAAGAGACCAGAAGAGGAGGAAGAUGUGGAAGACAAGGGAUCAAAGGAGGACAAGCCUGGAGAGAAGGAUCACCAGCCGACAGAACCUAAAAAGGAAGAAAUAGAGGAAAAGAAACCUCAAGAGGCGGAGCCUAAAGACCAUCCUUCUACACCCCAGGAGUAGUGGUUUACGUUGUCAUGGAGACGUGAAGCUUGGUAAACCUCAUAACUAGGUCAGGAAAUGCUCCUGGCCCUCCUCAUAUAACAUGUGCCGUAUGGAGCCAGUAUACACUACCUGUUACUAAUGACGUAAUAUGUAAUUCUAUGCUAAUAUGUAAUUCUAUGCUAACGACUGUGUGAUUUGAACCAGUUAAAUGUAUGACCAGCUUUUAAAUGCAAGACUUUUCACAGUGCUAAUGUAUUGUAUUCACACAUAGGGUUGUUUUAACAUAAAGAUAGAUGGUUUUAACAAGGUCCUGUGGUUGUAAAAGGCUGAUCAAAAACCCAGUGCAUCUCUGUAGCUUGAAAAUAUUAUGUUUAUUUAUUGAUUAUUCAUUUAUUGUGUUGGUUUGGUUUUAGACAGUGAUGUUUUUUUUAUCGUGAGGAUCUUUAGAUCUGUGAGUGCUGAACCUGUGCCUGACUACUACAAUUGUUAUUAUGAAUAUUUAAUUGUCUUAAUAUCAUGAAGUAAUGAGUAAUGAAUGCACUAUGAAUUCACUAUUACAAUGUUUACAGUCAAUCAAAACAAAACUUCAACUAACGGUGAAAACGAACAAUGUUUACAUUGAUACCAGCUGACACCAAAUGGUAAAUCCUUUGAUAUCCUUUGAUAUGAAAAUGUGAUUUCCAAUGGAAUCAAUGUGUAUGUACAGUAUGUAUUUAUUAAUAGGUAUGCUUAUUAUGUCUUAUUACAUCUGUGUGUAAUUAUUUAAUUAGCUUAUUAAGUUCUGUAUCAAUUAUAUAGAUGAUCCCUCCAGCCAAGAACACGUUUUUGGACUCAAUGCAUUGUAGGGAAAUUCCACAAACUACUUGCCUUGGAAUUUCAGACUGGCUUAACUGCUGUGAUUGUGUUGCUGUGACGCAAUCGUUUUAACCUCUCAGAUCUAGGUCGUAUUAACCACAGGAGGUUGGUGGCACCUUAAUUGGGGAGGACAGGCUCUUGGUAAUAGCUGGAGCGGAAUCAGUGGAAUGGUAUCAAAUACAUCAAAAACAUUGUUUCCAUGUGUUUGAUGCCAUUCCAUUCACUCCAUUCCGGCCUCAUUAUGAGGCGUACCUGAACUUGUUUUUGUUUUCUGUUGCAAAAUGUUUUUAAACGUUUUCCGCUGCAUGGCCUAAUGAAUACGACCCUGCAAGCCCUGUUCAAUGUUUACUGACCCUAUUUGCCUUUGUUUUCUUCUUUCUCUCAAUCUGUCUCUCUUUCUCUCUCGCUCUUUAUCUGUCUCUCUUCUCUCUCUUCUUCCUAUCUCUGUGCUGCAUGGUGUUUCAGUAACAUUGCCUUUGAGUGCUUUAUCAAAACUAACCUUGCAACCUUCUGUCAAUGUUUUCUAUCUGUUUCUGUCAGUGUGUGUCACAUUGUAACCAUGUUAGCUGAUGUAGUAUUUCACUUAUAUAUGAUACAUUCCACUCAGUUUGCUUCUGUUGGAUGCAGCUGUUGAUUAAAGUUUGUUGUAUGGAUCAAUAUAUAGCUUUUUUUUUUGCAUGUAAAUGACAAAUGUAAUCAUAUUGAAUGAUGAUAGGACAGUGGGAGAAUGACACAAUGGUGAGUUUCUAUUCACUUUGGACAGUUUCCCAGAUACAGACUUAAUAAGUUUAGUCCUGGACUAUACAAGCACUUUCAUCAACGCAUGCUUUUCAGUACAGGAUUAAGCUUAGAAGGUGUCUGGGUAACCUUUAUGUUGUUAGGAAUAGGAUGCUGUUUUACCUGAAGAGAUGUUGGAGUUUGACAAUGGUUGCUUCUCUUAUUGUUGUCUCAUCAAUCCAUUGAUUUUCCAGUGGAAGACCUGGAACGCAAUGACGGAACUGCAGAGAGACCCUACUUCAUGUCUCAGAACCUUCUCACCAUUCUGAAGAAGUCCAACGAGGAUCAGGCCAAGACUGUAGACUAGCUGUGUGUGUGUGUGUGCCUGCGUACGUGUGAGGAGAACAGAGAAAGAUACGGUCAAGCCGCCUUGCCUGCGCAGUGUGCUGUGUGUGUCGAAUGUGCCUUAAGAUCAUGAUACUGUAUGGCUAUAGAAGGAUGCCAUCGUCACAAACGGAGAGGUCUGAAUGAGUAGCCAACAUAUUUCGUUGUGUUUCCCACAGAAGGUGUCUAUGACAGAGCUUAUGAUAUUUGUUUUUUUUAAAGAUGUAAAUCUGUUCUUGUUUUAUUAUCAUUUUUGUUGUGCCUUUUGUUUGGCUAGGCCGUUUUACUUUGGCUAGGCCGUUUUAUUUUGGCUAGGCCGUUUUACUUUGGCUAGGCCGUUUUACUUUGGCUAGCCUGUUUUACUUUGGCUAGGCUGUUUUACUUUGGCUAGGCUGUUUUACUUUGGCUAGGCCGUUUUACGUUGGCUAGGCCGUUUAACUUUGUCUAGGCCGUUUUACUUUGGCUAGGCCGUUUUACUUUGGCUAGGCUGUUUUACGUUGGCUAGGCCGUUUUACUUUGGCUAGGCCGUUUUACGUUGGCUAGGCCGUUUUACUUUGGCUAGGCCGUUUUACUUUGGCUAGGCCGUUUUACGUUGGCUAGGCCGUUUAACGUUGGCUAGGUCGUUUUACGUUGGCUAGGCCGUUUUACGUUGGCUAGGCCGUUUAACGUUGGCUAGGUCGUUUUACGUUGGCUAGGCCGUUUUACGUUGGCUAGGCCGUUUUACUUUCUGCAGUCCUCUUGAAACUCUUUGAACAUACAAAACUUUGUUACCUUUUUGGGGUUUUGUGGCUGACUCUGUAUAAUGUGUUCAAUUUGAACACAUGUUUUACAUGAGAAAGUUUUUGUCAGUUUUCUCAAAUGUAUAAUGAAUUACAUAGAUUUUCUCACAUUUAAUUUACAAAAAUGUUUUGCUUUAAAUGCAAAAUAAUUUUUGCAUCAGGUUUGUUAAUAAUAUUAUUUUUCACUAUUGCUGCUGUUGAUCUUUGUAUAAUGGCUGCAUAUUGCAGUGUAGAUUUACUGUAACUUACCAAAGUAAAGAAAACAUGUUCUAAUGCAGUAUUAGUUUUGGGACUGAAGAUUUGUUAAGUAGUCCAUAGGCCAGUGAAAAAUGUAGUCCACUUUGGGGUGGUAAAGUUUUAAUAGUCUCAUCUUAUUCCCCCCAUUCCUAUGAACAAAUAGAUAUGAUGCCCACUCCAAAAGAGUAGCUUUCCAACCUUUUCACACCUGUAUAUGUCUUGUUGUUUGGGAAUCUAUGCAAUAGAAUGUUUGCAGGCUGAUACAUACAUUUUAAGGCAAGUUGGAAUGUUCACAUGCUCAUUGAAAAUGACUGUAUCAAACAACAAUAGAACACUCCAUUGGGUGGAUCUCAUCGUAAAAACAUGGUAUUUGGUACAUUUUUGCCAUCUCUUCGAAAUGAUUGACCUAGACUGACUCAUUGUUGAAACAACACUGUUACAAAUAGCGGAACUAGAUAUUUCUAUACUUCCCAUUCUGUCUUGAUAUACCCCAAAAUGCAUACAUUUAUGACAUUUGACCCCCGAAAGAUUGGACCAUAGAGAUGUCAUUACCAUUCCAGUUUUUUCAUACCUUAAUAUGUUGUAUUAUGAAGUGAAUAACAUAGAAAAUUCCCUUUGUUUGAAAAGAUUGUUCCCAGAUAAUACAACAUUAUUUCAUACCAUCAAACCUGUGGCACCAACUAACCACAUAGAGGUCAAAACAUAAAAUGCACACAUUUACCUACCUCAGAAUCAUGGGUAUCAUACCAACAUGUAACCUAAAUGAAAAUCCUCAUUAGACUUUGCCACCCCAAAGUAGACAAAUAUGUGAAAUUUGGCCUGCUGGCCCAUGGACUAUCUCCUUAACCUCAAAUGCAAGCUUUUGUAUAUUUCAUUUUCAAGAGAAGGAUUGUGUAAACGUGUGUUUUUGGAGCAGGAUGUGUUGUAAAUAAUAAAGUUCUUUUUUUUACUGCUACA